AUGAGCGACGGGGAUCAGCGAACGACUUGGGAUGAUAAAAAGCAGAGGAUCUAUCUUAGAAUAUGUGACUAUGAAACAAAAGAAUUCUCGGGCUUAACAACAUAUCAUGGAUUGGUUCGAAUCUACAACUCGAACACAUGGCCAUCGCGGAUUUUUUGGUGUGUCGUCGUCUUGUCGUGUCUUUUUCUCUUCAUGAUACACAGUGGUUUCCUUUUACUCAACUAUCAUUCAAAGCCGACUCUAUUUCAAGUGAAUGUGAUCGUUCCCGAAGAGGGUUUACUUUUUCCCGACAUUACGAUAUGCAACAAUAAACCGGUGUUCGCUGAGAAGUUAAAAGCCUGGAAAAUGCCAUCCGAUGUGCUUCAGUACGUGCUUAAAGCCUACUCAAAAGAUAUGGAAAGUGAUUUAAAAAUUUUGACAAGCGAACAAGCCGAGUUUGUGAAAUACACAAAUGACUAUCGAAAUGCCACCAAAAAGGUCUUCUCAUUUAUGGAGUUUUUCUCGAGUGUUGGAGCCGAUUGUCACUCGAUGGUCGAGUGGUGCGCGUUUGGCGGAGUGCCGUUGGACGAAUGCUGUCAACAGACGCAACCAAUACUGACAGACUCUGGGCUUUGCGUACGCUUUCCGAACUCGAAAUUUCAACACCGUCAAUGGUUCUCCGGGUGGGCCCACGGGUGGCAAAUUAUGCUGAAAAUCGACGCAAAUGAGGAAAAUGAGAGCAACUUCUUGCCGGACGAGUUCGCUGAUGAGGGAGUACGGGUGGCUGUUCAUGAGGCAAAUGAGUUCCCAUCGAUGAGGGCUCAUUCGGUUUCUGUACCGCCGGGCACCACUCUCUACACGGGAAUCGAUGUGAGAAAUGUGACUCUAUUGGCUCGUCACGAUUGGGGACUCUGUCAACCGGAUUGGGAUCCAGCCAUUCAUGGAGAUCUCGUUAUACCUUUUGGGUACUCUUCUCGACAUUGUGAGGCGAAUUGUCUGAUGAAGAGGUAUCUGGAGAUUUGUGAGUGCGUCCCUUUAGCGGUCACUUUAGCUGAUCAGUUUCCCAUUUGCACUCCACUUCAACUCGCUCAAUGUCAAAAGAUCAUUAAUAGUAAGAAAAAGUUGAAUUCUUCUUUUUAUUUGAAUUUUUCCGAUUCGCAAACGUGUUUUUGUGACGUAAAAUGUGAGCAACUGCAGUAUGAUUUGAAGACAUCUUAUGGGAAUUUGAGAGCAAGUGAUUCAAGGGUUUCGCUUGAUGAUGAUAAUGGAAAAUUCUCGCGAAUCCUCGUCAAUGUCUAUAUGAGAGAGAUCUCCUACGAACGUCAUGAGCAACAGAAACAAAUGCAAACAGCCGAUUUGUUGAGUAACAUCGCCGGUUCAAUGGGUCUUUUUUUGGGCAUGUCAACGGUGACUUUAUUAGAGAUUUUUAUUUAUCUCUUUAAAUCCGUUUGGGGAACGAUUAAUAGCGAUCGACAAAAGCAAUUUGUUGAAGCAAUGAUUAUGGAAGAGAAUGAACUGCAAAGCGAGCAACAAGUGAUCGUUGUUGAAGAGGAGCAGAAUGAGCCACUAAUGUCAUCUGAUCAAAUGCCAUUAUUGCACGAGAGAAAAGCGUCAAGACGGAUCUCAAUUGUGCCCAUUUCUGCCUACAAUACUGGCUCGAUUGGUCAAAGAAAAGCGAGCUUAAUGCCUGAGUAUCUGGCUGAGGAUCGACCGCCAAAGAGAUCAAUCUCUGCGUGCGCUCCACUACUUGGAUCAAGACGGGUCUCCCUUGCGAGCAAUCAUGAUCGACGAAGGGCCAGUCAUCAGGAUUCAGUCGUUACAACAAUCGGAAUUCCGAGCUCAUCGACCGCGUGGAGUUCAUUUUCGGCUGAGGAACCGAAUCGUAUCAACGUUUUCCACACCCGUCGCCACUCGGCCGUUCCAAACAAAAAACGCGGGAGUUUUCUUGAUUUU